AUGGUUCAAUUUGCCAAGAAAUUAGUCGCAGCACAACGACCAGAGUGGAAAGGGCAUUAUCUUGAAUAUAAACAACUGAAGAAAAAGUUACGGAAAGUAGCGGAAGCUCAACGUGAAGAAACGAAGAAAGAGCAGGAAAAGUUUAAACAUGCAUUGGACUCUGAGAUUGAACGUGUUGUCUUGUUCUUUUUGACUAAACAAGGAGAGUUUGCCACGACGUUACAGCGACUUCGUACACAGCAAUUGGAACUUGUACCACGUGAUCUUGAAGCAAUGCACGCCAUUGCCGACAUGUACAGAAAUGUGGGUGAUGAGUUAGUACAGCUUUUACAUUUUGUAGAGCUUAAUGCAACCGGUAUACGGAAAAUAUUGAAAAAACAUGACAAGACGCUCAAGGAGUACAAGAUUAUGGGCUCGUAUUUAUCAUCACGGACGGACUCGCAGGCUUCGCAUAUGCAGCAGCUGUACCAUGAUGAAGGCAUAUCGGCCAUUAUUGCUAGUAUUCGUUCGGCACUGACCAAGUUACGGACAUUGGAAGUUCAGUUAGCAACAGAAGCAACGAGUAAAGCUUUGACACGAAAAAUCUCAGAAGAUGAACCCGUGCUAAGUCGAAUCGGACAAGCGCGUCGUAGAUUGCAUAAUUCGACGCAGUACGUGAAGGCGGUGGCUGCACGCUCGCUUAUUUUUGAUGCUGAUUCUUCGGAAGACGAAGAUGAUGAGACGUAUGACAUGCUGAAGCGGCUGAAACAGGUGUCGGAGCCAUCACGGAUGCUCAAUAUCCUAAACACGUUCCUAUACAUGACCAACUACUAUAUUGUAGCUCCGACAAGUAGCAAGUACGCAGCCGAGUUGGGUGCCGAGGCUUCUAUGAGUGGAGUUAUUGUGGGAAUGACACCUGUGGCUUCUCUCGCAAGUGCGGUGCUGUACAGUUGGUGGGCCAAUCGCUCAUACAAGAACUCGCUGAGCUUUGCAACCGUGUGUCUUAUCCUGGGAAAUUUGAUGUAUGGUAUGGCGCUUUCAUACGAUAGUGUCGCUAUGGCUUUGGCUGGUCGUAUGCUCAAUGGCUUUGGCGGUGCCCGCGCUAUCAAUCGCCGCUAUAUUGCCGACAACUAUUCUCGUGAAGAGCGCACGCAGGCAUCUGCACUAUUUGUGACCGCUAGUGCGCUUGGCAUGGCAGCAGGUCCAGCUCUCGCUGCUGGACUCCACUAUCUUCCUGACUACCGUUUUGUCGGUAUGGAAAUUACGACAGAAACCUUGCCAGGCUGGAUUAUGUUUGUUUUGUGGACCAUCUAUCUCCUUGCCCUUUUGAUUUGGUUCAAGGAACCCGAUCGUUUGGAGAGAGGACGCUUUUUGGAUCGUCGACGUUCGAUGCUGGAAAACGGAAUGGACAAAUUGAGCGUGUCGGCAGCAUUAGCCCAAAUGGGAGAAGCCACGCCAUUGAUGUCACGACCGUCGUCGAUGGUAAGUAGCCCUUCGAACCUGUCUUCACUUUGGCACAAUGUGCCCGUGGUAGCAUCACUCUUAAUCUAUAUCGUUCUCAAGCUGGUGCUGGAGUGUCUUAUUACGGCCAGUUCGACAAUCGCUAUGUACCACUUCAACUGGAAUUCCAGCAACAACGGCAUGUACCUUGCUGCACUAGGGCUUCUCAUGUUCCCAACAAACUUGGUUGUUGGUUGGAUGAGUUUUCGCUACGAAGAUCGAGAAAUGAUUGUGCUUUCUGAAGUCGCCAUGGUUGUCGGUGUAGGCGUGAUCGUGAACUAUGGGCACUACUCUGUCGCACAGUUUGUCGCGGGAGGUGUGCUUAUUUUUAUGUCCACGAAUGUGUUGGAAGGCGUGAAUAUGUCAUUAUUGUCCAAGACGAUCCCGAAGUCUUUUGCAAAGGGCACAUUCAACUCGGGAUUGUUGGCCACAGAAGCUGGCACGUUUGGGCGGGCUAUUGGUGACGUUGCAAUUACAGUCGUAGGUUUGCCCGGCAUACAGUAUGUGCUUAACUGGACAUUCGUGCCACUGAUCGGUAUCUCUUUUCUUACAAUGCUUUACACGGGCCGCGUGUACCAUAAGCUAGCCACUGACGAUUAA